AAGCCUACUAAAAGGCGUGGCCAAUUAGAUUGGUCACACCCACAAUUAAAAUGGAGAUUUCCAAGUUGGAAAUUGUAGCAACUCUUGAAGGGCAUCAGGACAGGGUCUGGUGUGUUGCUUGGAAUCCAACAGGAACGCUACUAGCAUCAGCUUCUGGAGAUAAAAAUAUUAGGAUAUGGGGAAAGGAGGGAGAGAGUUGGGUCUGUAAGACUGUAUUGACUGACGGACAUGAUAAGACAAUAAGAUCAGUUGGUUGGUCACCAUGUGGACACAUGUUGGCAGCUGCUAGUUUUGACGGUACUGUUAGUAUAUGGGACAAGAGACAAGAUUUUCAGUGUAAGAGUGUACUAGAAGGCCAUGAGAAUGAGGUUAAGUCUGUGGUAUGGUCUCAGUCUGGUUCCUUCCUAGCAACUUGUGGCAGAGACAAGAGCGUGUGGGUAUGGGAAGUUCUCAGUGAUGGCGAAGAAUUUGAAUGUUCAGGUGUUCUGUUACACCACACUCAGGAUGUGAAAACUGUUAGAUGGCAUCCACACGAAGACGUGCUAGUUUCUGCAAGCUAUGACGAUACUAUUAGAGUUUAUAAAGAAGAGGAUGAUGAUUGGAGCUGUACGUGUACAAUGGAAGGACACACCUCCACAGUGUGGGGUGUUGCCUUUGAUGAAUCUGGAAAUAGACUGGCUUCUUGCAGUGAUGAUAAAACCAUUAAAAUAUGGCGGUCAUACAAACCUGGUAAUAACGAAGGUAUUCCUACUCCUGAUGGGGAGACAGUAUGGAAGUGUUCAUGUACUUUAGGAGGACAUCACACAAGAUCAAUAUACACUAUUGACUGGUCAAAGUGUUCAGGGUUACUAGCAGCUGGUGGAGGAGAUGACACCAUUAGAAUAUAUAGAGAAGAUCCUGGUUCUGAUCCAAAUCAAUCUAACUUCUCUUUAUUAUGGCAACAAGAAAAGGCUCAUUCCACUGAUGUUAAUUGUAUCUCAUGGCAUCCAAAGGAUCCUCAGUUAAUGGCGUCUUGCUCUGAUGACAGAACUAUAAAAAUAUGGAGGAUUAUCAUACAAUAAUAAUAAUAAUAA